CCCUCUCUCUCUCUCUCUCUCCCUUAAACUCAACCUCCUAGUGAAGUUGAAGGGACACCUCAACCACCCACCCAACACCAUUCAUUCUUAUUUCUUUCAUUCAUAAAAAUCAUUCAUUCCCAGCCACCACCACCACCACCACCACCCUCUCUCUCUCUCUCUCAAAUCCUUAAUUUCCAUUCAUAAGUAUAUUAGAUUACUUCAGAAGCUCCUUCAACUAUAUAUACACAUAUAUCUCUUCAAACCCUAUUCCCUCACCUCUGGAAUCUAACCAUAAAAAUCAUAAAUUUUCCCUCUUUCACCCGAAUCUGAAUCCAACAAUUUGUUCCCACAAAUAGAAACCCACGAAAACCACAAAACCCCUUUUAGGUUUUAAUUUCCCCAACGUUGUUGUACCAUGUCGUCAUCUCUGAUCGCGAAUCCAACCGCGGAUCGCUCGCGUGACUCUCACCGCACAAAGAAGAAGAAGAAAUCUAUUAAGCAACACCAACAGCAGCAUGACGCGAAAUGGAAAACCCACGCGCAGCAGCAGCUAUACUCCUCCAAGCUCCACCAGGCCCUCGCGCGUGUCAACAUCUCCGGCGACGCGCCACGCCGCGGCAGGGCGGUGCGCGAUGCCGCCGACAGGGUGCUCGCCGUGGCCGCCAAGGGGAGGACGCGGUGGAGCCGCGCCAUCUUAACGAACCGGCUGAAGCUCAAGUUCAGGAAGCCGGUUCACAAGAGGCAGAAGGUUGUUGUUGUUGGGCCGGGCCGGCCAAAGAAAAAGGCCCGGUUCAGCGUUCUCCGGCUCAGGGGGAAAACCUUACCCGCGGUUCAGAGGAAAGUUAGGGUUCUGGGCCGGUUGGUUCCCGGUUGCAGAAAAGAACCGCUUCCGGUGAUUCUCGAAGAGGCCAUCGAUUACAUACCCGCGCUCGAGAUGCAGGUUCGCGCCAUGCAAGCUCUCGCUGACUUACUCUUAGGCUCUUCCUCCGCCUCCACCUCCGCCACCGCCGCGCCGCCUAGUUGAUCUCACUUUCCGGCGAUUAUGCCACGUUUCAUAUAUUUUUUUUUCUUACUUUUGUUAUUAUUUGCCUCGUUUUCACCCUCACUCUACUCGGCUUAUGUUAAUGGCCAAGUACAUACAUAUUAUAUCUUCUUCUAUUUUCUCUUUUUUUUCUCUUCAAAUUUACCUUUUGAGCAAAACAAUCUCAUAAUUAAUUAGCUUGGAGCAUUUAUCAGAAUAUUGUUUUUUAAUAUUUAUAAAAAAUAUAUAUUUCCUUUUAAUUUUAACUUCCUCAAUCCUCUGAAAGAAAUCCUUUACAUCAGGUCUUUUCCUCAGGUAGUCAAUCCUCCUUUAGGGAUGUGAGACUUUGAGAGCAUAUAUAUGUAUUAGUAGUUGAAAACAACAAAUUAGAAUUCAAUCACCAAGUGUAUAUCUCGAUAACUAAAUUGACUGUAUCAACGAUUCCACAAAAGAAGAGGAAAGCUACCUUAAGAAGUCGAUUUCCUCCAUCUCUGGAGGCAUAGGCAUAGACGAAGAAAUCAGAAGCAUUGGAGGGGAUUCAACAAGGGAUGCAUCUUCUUAGCCCUCAAGCGAGGAAUCCUGUUUUUGAAUUCACUCUUUGAAGGAACCUGUUUGAAGAAGAUUUCACCAGCCCCAGUUUCUUGGAGUCACCAUUCGCCCUGUUAUUCUAUUAUUAUCGCUGCCUUUUUUCAAAAACUUCCUCAAUGAAGGAUUUUUUUUUUUACUGCAAUCAAGGAUGGUUUAUGUAAUGUAACAUCAAUUAUAUGUUCUAUGAUUUUAUUUUA